AUAAUGAAUCUAAGAGAAUAUCAAGAAGAAGUAAAAAAAAUAAAGAAUUUUGCAAUUAAAAACAAUGUAUCUGAAGAUAAAGUUAAUAAAAUAUUUGGACAAUGCUUCAAAUCACUCGAAGAAAAACCUCAAACACGUGUAACAACUGUUUUAAAGUUCUUAAAAAUUUUUGUAGCAAUUUUUUUAAUUGUUAUUUUAAGUAGUUUAGUUUUGUAUAAUCAUCCAAAAACACAUAAUGUACUUUUGAGAAAUAUACAGAGUUUUAUUUAUCCUGGUUUGAAAAUUUUUCGCAAAGUUGCUGUGCCUAUCAUAACGUUGUAUCCAUCACUUACAGUGUGGUAUGAUGAAUGGUGCCUUGUUGAAAAUCCUUAUUUUCAACUAAAUGAAAUGGAUUGUUGGCCUUGCAAUUCAGUAAAUUCAGUAAAAGACUUGACUGGUUUUAAUAUAACACAAUCAUUUAAUAAUGGUAUACCAUUUAUACGCUCAGAGAAAAUAAAAAAAGUUAAUGUAAAUGAACUAUUACAAAUUUAUUCUGAAUAUCAAGAUAAUUUAAACACAGAUAGUGAACAACUUCAAAUUAGAGAAAUGAAUUAUAGGACAAUAAACGAGAUAAUGCACAAAAACAUGAAUAAUCCAUAUACUGACAGGAAUGCUCAUAUGAAAUGGAGAAUCAAUCAAAUGGAGCUGAGCAGAAAGCUUAGAAAAUUAUUUCCUAAAUUACCAGGAACACCAGAUUGGUGGAGUCCUAGUACAGAAAAAUUUAUAUUUAUUGAUGAACCUAAUGCUUCAGAUUAUGUUUUGCCACAUUCUGAAUGUGCUAAUGUGAUAAUUCAAUGUACAAAUGGAGAGAGAUUGAUACAAUUAAAUCCAAGUCCAGAAUGUACUCAAAAUUGCCAAAGAAUAAGUGUUUUAUUAAGUAAUAAUCAAAGCUUAUGGUACAAUUGGUGGUACUGGCGUCCAGUAAGUCUUCCUUCAAACAAUACAACAGCAAUAACAAUAAUGUACCUCAGCUCAUUUUGCUAACUUUGAAAAAAAUGCAAUUGAAAACAAAGAAAAUUUAAAAGUAUUAUAUACAUGUAUAUUUUUAUAUUAAAUAAAUUGAUAUCUAUACAAGAAUUAUUAUUUUUUAAAAAUCUUUCCCUGCUCUAUUAUAAAAUU